AUGUGGCUCAUGGUGUCACAUAGGUUCCGCAUUGGGAAGACUACAGUGCAUAACAUUGUCAAGGAAACAAGUAAUGCCGUAUGGGAGGUAUUACAGCCACAGUGUAUGCCAGUACCUGAUCAUCAACAGUGGAAAGAGAUAGCAAGAGCAUUUUUCGAUAAAUGUAAUGUUCCAAACUGUAUCGGAAGUGUGGAUGGCAAGCAUUGUCGGCUGAAAUGCCCAUCUAAUGCAAGCUCACUUUUUCAUAAUCACGAACAGUAUCACUCUAUUGUAUUAAUGGCUAUUAUUGCUGAUGUCAAGUGUUGUUUUACUCUAAUUGAUGUUGGGGCAUAUGGACGAAAUAGUGACAGUGCAGUCUUCAGUAACUCUAAUAUGGGUAGGUCAUUUCUCUCUGGUCAUUUAGAUAUCACACAGCCUAGUGAAAUACCUACUACUGAUAUCAAAGUACCAUUCUAUCUCAUAGAUGAAGCUUUCCCUUUAAAGCCCAAUAUAAUGAGGCCAUAUCCUCGAAAGGACCUAGAUUACUCUAGAAAGGUAUUCAACUAUAAGAUGAGUAGAGCUAGGAGAACUGUAGAAUGUGCUUUCGGAAUGCUAACUCAGAAAUUUGGUGUACUGAAAACAUCAAUGGAAACAAGCACUGAGGUAUCUAAAGCAAUAGUUAAAAGUAUCUGUGUGCUUCAUGAUUUCAUUCACCAUGAAUACAGCAUGAACUUUCGUAGUGAUAAUGAUGAUGCAAUUGAUGACCACCACCAAAACAUGAGGAGCCUGUCACGAGCAAGAAGUACAAGGCCUACAGCAGAAGCCUUGUCCAUUCGCGACACUCUGAGAGAAUACUUUGUCUCACCAGGUGGAGCUGUCGAGUGGCAGGACAGAAACAUCCACUGA